AUGAGUAACGAGAAAAGUAUGGCAAACAUUCUCCUAAAUCCAUGGCAACCCUUCUUGUCCAGCACCAGUUUCAAGCCACCGAAGAAGGACAAGAUGAGUGAUCAUGGUCGUGCAAAGGCAGCAUCUGGUUCAAGGAAUCGUUUGGAAUCCAAGAAUAUUGUCAAUAGAACUUCCUCCUUUAAUUACAGAAGCAGCUCUGCUGUUCCCCUUCAUGAGUUGCCAUGGGCUUCCUUUGAUCAAUAUAUAGAGGACAAGGGAAGAGUAAUCCGAUCUAUAUUUCCAGAAAAAUCAGCAAGUCAGCUCCUCAACAGGGAAGAGUGGAGAGUUAAGAUGACUCCCAUCCAAGUCUUGUUCUUAACAUGUCAACCAGUAGCUCACAUUACAGCUAAAUGUAUAUCUGAAGCAGAUGAUUACCCACCCGAGAUUCCUGGUCAUAUCACCAAAUUCUUCGAGAUUCAAAUUACAAAGUGUGAGUUCCCAGAUCUCAAUCCUGAUUACAUGCCACCAAAUUUCAGCAUCAAUGGAAAAGGAGCCUUGUAUCUGGAAAGACAAGGAAGGCAUAUUUGGAUGAAGAAUCUUCUAGACAUUACUUUAAACAUUACUUUUCCUCCAUUGCUCUCAUGGGUUCCUGAAUACGUGUUGCAAAACAUUGUACAAUCGGUCCUCGAAAAUUACGCGGAGGAUAUCAAUAAUGGAUUUGCUGUUGGACUGUUAGCAGAUUAUAACUCGUUCAAGAGGAACAAGGCCAGAUAUUCGGUGUAAUUUUGCUUGUAGAUAUCCAUUAUUCAUGCAUGAAUCAAUUUGCGGAUUCUAAAUUUCAUAAGGUAAUUCCUAUGUUCUCCCAUCAAAAGCAAACUCAAAUAUGGCAUCUUUAUUUGGUUCGUGAUUUUGGCUUCUAUCCUAGUGUGACCUCGCCAUCAUCGCCAAUGGCUUCACAUGCUUGAGGCUCCUCAAUUAAUUUGCAUAUUUGUAAUUUAUAAAGGUCUAUUUGUCUUAUUUCUUCUUGUGUUUCUCUUAUUUGGAUUUCAAAUAUUGACUUUCUGAACUCCGAUUGUGAUUGACGGUACAUUCUACUAAUCGAAAACUAAGUGCUGAUUUAUUGUGACUGUCGAUACA